CCCAGAAGAAUGCUGAUGCAUCCUAUUGCGGCCAAUCCCACGGACGUUGAUCGUUCAUAUACGACACUGAGAGUUGGAUAGCUGCGCCUCGGCAAGCGUCAGACGAAGUCAAGAACCUCAGGCUGCAAGAACAUGUUUCUUGCUCUUCCAAACGCCAAGGCUCGCAGAUUUAAGCGCCUGCUUUGCAUUGGCCCGAGAUCCUAUCUCAUGACAAUGCCUUGGGUCUGCAUGGAGGACGAGGGGAGCGGGCAUAAACGGUCAGUCGUACCGAAUGUCAACCAGCCCGCAGCGCUAUUAUACAGUAAUAUUGGAGGUGUCGACGCUUGCAACGAAUCAAUGGCAAAAGGCGUUCCCAGAAAAGUAGAUGAGAUCGAUACCAUGAUGGUUAGAAGGAACCUCGACGUCGGAGUUUUGCUAGUCAUGAAGGGCCUGGAAAACCAUGAUCGGAUGCUCCGAACGCUGCAGUCAAUGUAUCCUAAUUUCAACGUUUCAACCUACCAUUCAACCAGAUCCGAGUACAGAAAACUGGACCUGUUUGCCAAGCAUCUAGGUCGAAAUAAGCUUCAAUCCAAGAUCAUGUAUACCGAGGAUAUCGGAAGGAUGCUAGAGGAUCAUCGGAUAACACUACCGCAUUCAAUCUGGGGUCAAACCUUGACGAGGACAUGGGAUGCUCUGGCGGAGACGGCGUCAAAUCAUAAGCCAUUGAGAAAUCAGCAGGAAGAUGGGGCUAGUCCCCACAAUUCGCCGUUUAACGUUCAACAGCGGUCGUGA